GUUUUGCAGAAUCACAGGACAGUUUGGAAAACCCCUCACUGUGGUGUUCAUAAAGCCACCACUGAGGACGCCGGACCUCCAGAACUAACACAUGCUGUCAGCUGUGUGACUGGAUAAAGCUUUCUUCUGAGGAGUCUAAAAAUCAACAGCUUCAAUAAUGCAGAAACAUUCAGUGCUGGUCCUUGUAGUAGGUUUGGCACGGCUGCUCACCCCGUUGGAGAGCACUGACACUGGGGCAUUUCAAGGCGCUUUCCCUCAUCCAAACAAAUACAACCCGAAUGAAUCGGAGAGGUGUCUGCAGCCGCCCAUCAGUGGGCUCCUCUCCCGCGGAACGGGGCCCCCAACCUCAAACGACGAAGUGCUAGAGUCCAGCCAGGAGGCCCUGCACGUCACGGAGCGUCGGUACCUGCGGCUGGACUGGUGUAAAACGCAGCCGCUGAAGCAGACCAUCAAGGAGGAGGGCUGCCUGAGCCGGACCAUCAUCAACCGCUUCUGCUACGGACAGUGCAACUCCUUUUACAUCCCGAGGCACAUGUACCAGGACGGGAACGCCUUUCAGUCCUGCUCUGCUUGCAAACCCAAAACCUUUAGCACCGUUACUUAUACCCUGUUCUGUCCGGGACAGACGCCCAGUACGAGGAAGAAACGGGUCCAGCGCGUAAAGCAGUGCCGCUGCACAACUAUUGAUACGGAUUAGACCCGAACUAAGACCUACUGGCUAAUAAUGUUCGCUUCCGUGGAAAAUAAAAAGGGAAAACUGUGUUUUACUUAGAGGAAAUAUGAGAAUAAACUGGAAAUGUGAGGGACGUGCCUGAAAGACAUCAGAAAUAAGUAGUUGAUUGAUGUGCCGCGUUCUGUCAGUGACAGUUCGAUCCACAAGUAAAAAUGUAUGGCACUGACCAGUCACCAUGUCAGUUAUCAGUUAUAUCUGCUUCCACGUAGUCUUCGUGUGCUUUAACAGAUUGGCAUUAUUUGUUGGCACAUGGUUUCAGAUGCAGAUUCCAAAGAUCAAACCGGUUUACUCUGAGUACCAAUGAGACUGGGUUUAAGCUAAAAGCAGGACACUUCAUAAUAACAUAUUUGUUGCAGACAUGCAGGAGAAUGGAUGUGAAAGACUUGCAAGAGGACACGUCUUCAAAGGUUGUUUCCACUGUGUGGAAUGUGAAGCUGAAGGCUUUGGAAAUAUUAGAUUUAUUACAACCUGCACUGCUAAAUGCUACUUGAUUAUCUGACUGUGUAUAAUUUGUGUAUCAUGUAUUGUAAUGUUGCUUGUAAAUAAAACAUCAUUCAAGCUA